UAACUUGUCGUAAUACACGUACACUGUGUGUGCUUAUACCGUUCCAAACGAAUCUGGAACCGAAGUAAACGCGGUGAAUUUGUAAUUGACCAAACUGUCAUGAACCAUUGGAUCGGUACCGGAGAUUCUUGCCAGUUUGACAAUAUUCGCAUCUCGGUGGUUACAUAGAGUGUAUUCGAUUCGUAAGAACGAUACUAACCGUUUGAGGUGAGUCUGGAAAAGUAGACAUUAUCUUUUCCUUGUCGAGGAUAACGAGUGCGUGCUUCCUUUCUCGAUCGUGAUCGUUUACGAACGAGGGCGUAUCCCUCGGCUCCCUCGACGCUUGUUUUCCAGACUCUGGAUGUUAUGUGAUACAGGGACACAUACUUAUAUUAUCACAUACGUAGAAAGGAGUGACAGGCAUGCGCAUUGCCAACUGACGCACGUGUGUUGUUAAUUAACAAUAAUGAAUGGGAUCAUCAGUCGGCACCCCAUGCAGUGUACGUGAGACGCGUUUAAUCGUCGGUAUCAUAGCCGUAGUUACGAGUGUACUGCGACAAUUCCACUGAGAGCGUAAACAGAAACGCGACAUUGUUGUUCCCGAUUCAUUCAUGAGCAUGUCGUUAAAUUUCGCGAUGGCAUCCUAUGGCAUCAGAAUUCACUCGAUUGUAGCCACAGCACUGCUCGUUGGAUUGACGAAUAGCAGUCUGCUCGGUGUACAAAUGGACGAGACGACUGGAGAAGAAUUCUUGAACGAAUAUCUGUCCCUCGACGAGAGCAGGUACUUGGCCGAACUCCAAGAGUUCCAGGACACUGCGAUCGAGAUUGACCUCAUCGACGGAAAGAGGCAUCGGCAUCCUCACCAGGAUCAACCCAGGGUUCUUUAUCAAAUUGGGGAAAGCGAACAGGAGCUCCCCGAGUGUUCGGACAGGAGCGAAGUCUGCAGUAAGGUAGAUUUAUACGGGGCACCAUGGGUGGAAAGACAGUGUCGAUGCCCCGGAGGAAGAUCCUGUCCCAGCAGUCUUCACGCCGACGACGGACACACGAUAGUCGACAAAACGCGACAGUACAAACUUUGCGAGCCGGUAAAGCGGUUGCCGAUUUGUCGCUACUUCAAGGACGUUACGUGGACUUUGGCCCCGGGUGGAGGUCCCGGAAACGCGACUGUCCAACGAGUGCAUUGCCGAUGUCGCCCAGGCAGCGUUCCCUACCUGGUUAGAAGACAGCAGCACCUUUCACCCGAGGGAAAUCCAGGAUUCAUAUACGCCUUCGCGUGCUCUCCGCAAAGCAGAUUACGUUGCCAGCACAAAGAGCCCUGCCGGCUUUUCACCGUCCGGAAAAGACGGAGUUCCCAGCUCGAGGAAGUCAACGCAUCGCCAUUAUGCCAAUGUCCGAAGGGCCACCGAUGCCCAAGACGUCAUACCGACCCGGGAUCAUUGCCGGCACGCUCGUACUCCGGUGUUUUAGAAAUAAAGACGUACAGCGGUUACUGCGUGCCUUCCCACCACUCCGAGCCCGUUUACACCCUCUAAACGUCAAAUUUUCAUCCACGUUCUUUUCUUUUCUUUUCUUUUCUUUCGUUUUGUU